UUACAUUUUAUAUAAUCUAUAAUAUAAAAAUGAAUCGCAAAAUAUGUUGUCCAAGGAUGGUUUUUACGGCGAGAAAAAUUCGAAUAAUUUCCGGGAAAACCCUAAAACAGCCCUUUUCUUUUUCCCAUACAAAUAUUGCGCGUUCGUGUGUGUGGUUGUUCGCGUUGGAGGAUCUAAUGCGUUCACACAAAAGUGAUAAUAUCGUGAACUCGACCAAAUUGAAAAGUCAAAACAUUUUCAGAACGCGACAUAAAUUACAUCAGUUUUCACGUCGUUGCAUCUGUCAAACAAACCGCGUUAAAAAGCAUUUAUUAUCUUUAAUGUUAAUAAUAAUAAUAAUAAUAGAUAAUUAAUUAUCUCUAUGUUUUGUUAUUGAAGAACCCUCUUUAUAAAUAUAUGUCACCUUUAGGUUCCCACUAUCCCUUAAGAUUAUUUUUCAAUCAG